AGCAAGAAAUGGAGGGUGCGAAGGAGAGGAAGGAGGUGGCGUCGGCCGAAAAUAAGGCGGCUCCGCCGCAGGAGGAGGCGACGGAGCUGCCGACGGAGAGCAGCCCGUACGUGACGUACAAAGACUUGGAGGACUACAAGAUGAAAGGCUACGGCGCGGCCGGCCACCGGCAGCCCGUCGACAAGCCAGGCGGAGGAGGCGGCACCGACGCCCCCACGCUCGCCGGGAAAGAUCUCUCUGCCACCGCUGCCGACCGCUAAGGAACUGCGAAUCUGGCGUGCCGUUGACUUUGUCGCUUCUUAAUUUGUAGAAGGAAAUAAAAAAGAGGGAACGUACAAUUUAGGUUAAAUAACGGUGGGGCCCUUCCUCCACUUAAUGAAGACUUCCACUUCGACCCCGAGGCGCCGCGCUGUCGAAUCUAUCUCUUUUUCUCCCCCUCUCAAAAUCUAAACGGAUAAGGUCGCUGCGUCAUGUCAAAACUCGGGAUCGUGUAAAACGUGCGAAAUUCUACGGGCAAAGUGCAAAAUCGCCAAAUUUUUCACUUUGAUCCUCGAACAAGUCUCCUAGUUUUUUAGUUUACAUAAUUCAGUAAAUUAUAACUUACCCCCGAGUACAGUAAGGUUGUAUCAUGUCGAUCGAUGAAUAUUUUAAACAUAAUUUUAUAAAGUUGAGACUAAUUAAUCUUUUUUUAGAGUUUGUAUAUUUUUUAAAAAUAAAUUAGCUUUCACAUAAAACGUUUCCAGGAUAAAAAUAUAAUUU